CAUUUUGAAGCAUAAAAACAAUAACUUUCAAGCCUUAUAAUAUAAUUGAAAAAAAUAUAUUACAAGUUACAUUGAAUUAUGCAAGAUGGCGCUAGUUGUUUCCUCUGUUUUUCGACAAGGAUUUAUAAACAAAAAACCCCAUCCAUCAUAACCUCAAAAUAAUAAAACCACAAAUUUUUUUGAUGGAAUUUGCCGAGUUAAUAACGACCCCUAAGUUAGAUGGGGUCGUUUUGCACUCGCCCUUUCACGACCCUAUCGACGGCACCUUGUGCAUAACCGGACACCAUUUAAUUUUAUCGACGAGGAAAGAAAACGUACAAGAAUUGUGGCUCCUAAUUCAAGCAAUAGACUCCGUAGAAAAAAAACCGCCAUCGAACCCCGCCCAAAAUGGCGGCACGAUAAUCCUAAAGUGCAAAGACUUCCGCCAACUACAAAUGGACAUCCCUACCUCGUACGAUUUCCAAAACGUUUACAUAUCAAUAGAGCGCCUGUCCAACUUGGACAGAGCCGAACUGUCUUAUCCCUUCUUCUACCGUCCAAUGUACAACAUCUUAGAAGACGGCCAUACAUUAUUCCAACCAGAAACUGAAUUUUCAAAAUUAUUAUCCACUGAUGAAUGGCGGGUGUCGCACGUCAAUAGAAACUAUUCAGUUUGUAGAAGUUACAGUCAAACAUUGAUUGUGCCUAAAAAUAUCGACGAUAACACUCUAAUAUCGGCGGCCAGUUUCAGAGAAGGCGGCCGCUUUCCUAUUUUGAGCUACAAACACGAAAACGGCGCAGUACUUUUGCGCAGCAGCCAACCAUUGCUGUGCAACAGCAACAAACGCUCUAGACCCGACGAGAAAAUUCUAGACGCAGUCUUAGGCCCCUAUAAAAAAGGUUAUAUAAUAGACACCCGAAGUACUAAUUUAAUAGGGCAUUGCAAGGGCAAAGGAGGUGGUACCGAGCCGGAUGGGCACUAUACCCAAUGGAACAAAAUAUGUAAAAACUUAGACAAACUAGUCAAAUGCGAUGGUAGCGUUUUGGAACAUUUUAGUAAACUAAUUGAAGCUUGCAACGACCCAAACAUUUCAACUGAUAAAUGGUUGUCACGUUUAGAAGGCUCCCAUUGGUUGACCCAUGUACAAAACGUUUUAAGCAGCUCUUGUUUGGUAGCUCAAUGCUUGGACAAAGAAGGCGUUUCGGUUCUGGUCCAUGGCUCAUCAGGCUUAGAUGCUACUCUACUAAUAACAGCGGUAGCUCAAGUUAUACUAAAUCCCGAUUGUAGGACAGUGCGAGGAUUGCAGGCUUUAAUCGAACGGGAAUUUUUACAGGCCGGUCACCCUUUUCAAACGAGGCAUGCGAAAUUUUGCUACUCAAGCUCAAAAAACAAAAACCUGCAGCCUACAUUUUUGCUGUUUUUGGACUGCGUUCAUCAGUUGCACUAUCAGUUUCCGUACAGUUUCGAAUUCACUACUCGGAUGUUGAUAGUGAUUUUCGAAAACUCCUACUACAGUAAUUUUGGUACUUUUAUCGGCAAUAACGAGUGUGAGAGGAGGGAAAUGAAGUUAGCGGAAAAUACGACGAGUUUUUGGUCGUACUUGAACAGGCCCGAUGUGAUUACGAACUUUUUGAAUCCGAUGUACGAGCCUAAUAAGGCAGCCAUUUGGCCGAGCAUCGCUCCGGUCAGUUUGGUACUCUGGAGCGAUUUGUAUUUAAGAUGGGUGGUAGACCAAAAGCAACAAAGAAGAGCGACGCAAAAGAUUCAGCAACUGAUCCAGAACGACAAGGACUUACGUUCCAAAGUGAUCCGGAUGAGAAAACAACUAAUCGAUCUUCAAAAAGAGCUGCAACAUGUUCGCUUGCAGAACGAUGACGAAUUUCUUGAAGAAAAUUAAGGCAUCUGGCAACACUGAAAACGGGCCUAGUUGUCAAUUAAUUAGGGAGCAUUUACAUUCACUUCUAACUUCAAGUUAAAUUUGACCUUAUGAUAUAUUAUCAUUUACAUUACAAGUCAAUUUGAGCCUAAUUUAAUCAAAAUCGGUUGAGAACAGGGACCUGUAUUACCGGCCUAUUUGAUUAAUGGCGUUAUUCUAACAUAAAAUUACUAUAGACUAUACUCACCCCUAAAACUGUGGCCCCCGCUCGGAAAUUCAGUUUUCCCGGCAAAUUAAACACUGAAUUCGAACCGCGACACUUUUCCGUACGCGAGUACUUUUUCCUAUUGAAAACUGGAGGUUGAAAUAAAAACGCGUUGGCCAAUCUUCAUUUACAAUGGCCGACUGUCAAAAGUGUCAAAAUUACCCAAACGCGAUUGCAACGCCAUCUCGUGACAAAUGAGUGAAGCUCCACUAGCGUUUCAAAAUAGUUUACAAGCUUUUAUUUUUUGUUUCAUUACCGGCUUUUCGUUGAAUUUUCCAAUUUUCCAUAAUUUAAUUAAACAUUAUUAAUUAAUUAUUUAACAAAAAACCAUUUAAAAUGUAAUUUUUUCCUACUUGAAAUGUGGCAAUGUGGCUUUUAAUUAAGUAGGCCUUGUAAUGAAAUGUCAUUUGACACUUUUCUUUUGACAGUUGGUUAUUUUUUAAUUGACGUGUUUACAUUCUAUCUAGUUUUUCCUCGAAUUUUCCGCUUUUUCAGGCCAUUUCCAGCCGGGAAAACUGGUUUAAAAUACAAGGCUUCGAAUUUCCUUUAUUUUCCGCAAAAAUCUUCUAGUUUUACAAGGGGGUAAGCAAUGAAAACUCAAGUAGGCUUUGGAAUGUUAUUUUGGCUGGUUUUUCUUUUGAUUUUCCGCUUUUCUAGGCCGGGAAAACUAAUUUAAAGUACGAGGCUUUAAGUUUUCGUUAUUUUCUAUUGAGUGAAAAAAUUGUUUGUAAAGUUUUACUUUACAAAACAUCAUUAUUUUAAAAAAAUCACGUUUAUUUAAAAAGUGUGUUCAAUGCACGCUCAUUCGCGUUCGAUUAGUUGCGUAAUCAAUUAUCUUUUUUUCACGUGACAUCUGUUAAAUUUUGCUCGCAGAUGCAAUAAACGAACCCAGCCAUAGGAAUCCCCUAGCAGAACAGAAACGUCAUGUCUAAACGUCAGAAUUUUAUGAGAAUCAUGAUGGAUAAUCAAUGAAAAUUUGACAUUUCACAAAUUUUUGCUUGCCCUCGACAAGCAAGCAUGUCAAUUUUGAGACAAAUUGGACUUCGAAGUGAAUGUAAAUGCAGCAAUACUCUCUGAAUUGUCAGAAAUUAAUGAGUAACUUUGCCACAUUUAUAGAAAACUAAUGGCGUUUUCGAUUGGUAGAUUCAGUGCGCAUUGAGUGUAUUUGCAUCCUUUUAAACGACCUGUAGAAGAAAAAGACAGAAAUAGAAAAAACUGCACUAGUUCCGCACUAGAUCUACCAAUCGGAAACGCCAUAUAAGUGAAUCUCGAGUAUUUUGUAUCAAUUUUGUUAAGGCAUUCCAUUGACAUUUUAUAGAUUUAAGUUACAACAAAUGACAAUUAUUGAGGAUCUCAAUUAUUUUGUUUCAAUUUAGUUUUCUAGUCACAUUAUAUACUUAAUUGUAUUUUUUCUAUAUUUAAAUAUACACUGUAUGAACAAUGAA